GCGUGCGAGUGUAGGAGCGCGUGCUGCUUUAUAUGUCUUCUUCCAGCGGAAGUGCAUAGCAUGACGAUCUCAUGUGUUACAUACCUCGAUGAGAAGGCAUUCCCAUCAUGGAAUGAAUAUUUAGUAGAACAUAAAAUGAUAUUAAAAAAUAAAUAGGAAUAUAAGAUGCUUCAGUUUGGAAAUAAUGAGGUCUUAUAUAGAUUUUCUGAGAGUGCCUGUAAAUGUUGGUUUGAUGAAAGUGCUGCGAGCUGUUUGGUACCCUCUUUGCUAAUGUAACUGGUACAAAAAGUGACAAAUGGGAAUAAUAAAGUAGAGACUCGUUUUUCCCAUAAUUUAUGCAUUAUCAUCGAUAAAUUAAAAUUAAUGAGUCUUUAUAGCAAAAUAUUCGCCUCCUAGAGUAUUGCCCAAUUUGCCAGAUUUUUAAGCGAAGAGAUCAAUAAUCCUUUUGUAAAAUUGCAACUGGCAACAUUGCCACAGGCAAAGCGAGUUUUGACCUGCUACACCAGACGCAGGAGUGGACUCGUCCAGAGUGGUUGGGAAAAUUUUACGGCUGCAUCUAUCCCAUCAUCUUUCACUCUUCUACUAUCCAAGUAGCAAAUUUUGAAGCUACUCUCACUUGGCCACACAUCGCCCUUAUCCUUUAACAAUUUCUUAUUGUGCGCAUGAGUCUACUGUAAAGGUAACGAACGCUGCUGACGCUACGCGACAGUUCAUUCGGGACCUGAUGGUGAAGUCGGACGAGCGAGCGGGAUCAAUCGUAGCUGAUAAAAAUCUUCCCAAGAUCGAACCCCAUCCCAGAAUGACCGAUGACGCCACGAUCGUCCAGAAGGAUCAGGAUGACGCCGAAUCGCUGCUGAUGCCUGGCUGUGACAUUGAUUUUGAAAUCCAGUGCAAGCAGGAGCCCUGUACCGAUUCAUCCAAUUUGAUUGACGAAGUGGACCCCUUGGCAUUUGAUGAAGCUACAACAUCGCAGUUUCCAAUAUUUACACCUACAAUCAAACAUCCAGUUAUUUUAUUGGAGAGAUGUGAUAAAAUUUGGGAAACUUUGCAACUGAUAAAAACUACACAAAGUGAGCAACCAACUGAUGCACCAACUGAUGAUUAUGAAGAUAAACAGAAGAAAGAAGAGAAAAUGGUACAACAUUUGGAUGCGGUUAAACCAUCUACAUCAUAUAUCAAGAAUCCACAUAACUUGAGAAAUGAUAACAAAAUACCUUUCAAAUUUUCUGUCAAAAUAACAAAGAAAGUAUAUCCUUGCACUACUUGUGGUAAACACUAUUUGGAAAGACGAUCUUUAAGAAAGCAUUCAGAAAAAAUACAUGGCAUUAUUAUUCCUUUACAACGUAAACGCAAGAGACGUACCACUAAUAAGGGAGAUUUCAAUGAAAACAAUUCAUUUGCUUCAACAAGGAUAGUCAGCAAAGAAGAUAGUUUUGAGAAUAUUUAUAAUAAUGAAGAUACAUAUGAAAGGCUUACCACAAAGUUGAAACUUCCUAAUACUGAAAUUACUUCUCAAUCUGCAUUGCAGUUUGUCAAAUGUACAUUAUGUCAGCAGAAAGUAAUAUCGUUAAGAAAGCAUUUAAUUAAUUAUCAUAAAAUUGGAGGGUCUUCGAAUGUGAUGAAACAGUUAGAAUCCUCAUUAUUAAGCAAGACUGAAAUGUCACCGGAAUAUGAGGAAACCAUGCCAAAAAAUGAAUCGCAUCAAGAUGGUUGCCUCAUAAUGGAUAAUGAAAAUGAUGUUCAUGGAACAUCUUAUGUCAAGAGAAAAAGAAAAUACAAAUCAUCUUAUGGAAAUACUGAGAAAAAACGUAAACUGAAUAAUAAACGCCAUAUAUUUAUACAAACUCAGUCUGUCACGCAGAAACAAAUCUUCAAAGUUCGUUCAUAUAAAUGUGACAUUUGUUUGGGAAUGUAUUCGUCUCCUCGUUGUUUACGCAAACAUAAACGUGUUCAUGCUAUGCGUGGUGAGACUAAAGAGAAUUUUCAUAAAGUUAAAUGUAGAUAUUUUAAUUCACCAUUCAAUGAAAAGAACAGAUUAUUGAAGUCUUCCACAUCAGCUAAUAUUAAUGUGAAGGAUACAAGCAAGGUAAACAAAAACUUACAAGAUGAUCAAGACGAAACAUUUAAGAUGAAUCGAGCGACUAGAUAUAGUAAAAGAAUGAACAAAAAUAAUGAAACUGUUUGUAUAUGUGGAAGAUCAUUUCGAAAUCCUCAUACUUUGUUUGUUCAUAAAAAAAAUAGUGAAUUAUGUCAAAAUGAAGAUAAAACAGCACAGAGUAGCGACAAAGAGUCUGGAAUUGAUAUUAACAUAACAAUUAAGAAACGAAAUGAUUCCUAUGAAAUAGUCGGUAAAGAUAAUGAAGAUACAUCUCAAAAAUCUGACAAUCUUACAGAAGAGACUUUAUCUAUGUCUAAUACAUCUAACUAUACCAAAAAUGUUACUAAGGCGCUUGCUAAACAGCAAGUAUUAGAUACAUCUGAAUCAUCUAAAUAUAGUAAGGAUCAUAGUAUAUUGAAGUUAGAAGAUGCAGACGAAGAUAUGAUCAUCGAUAUUGAAGACGAUGUACAAAUGGAUUUAGAUAAUAAUAGUGCAACAAAACAGAUGGUUAUGCAAAAAAAUGAUAAAGAAGAUUUGUUAAAGCAGCAAAAUGAUGAAACAAAGGAUGAAAAAAUUGAAAAAAUUUUCGGUAAAGUCAGUACGUUGAAAGAAAUGUGUCAACAAGUUCUUGAUGUUUCUAAAAAAUGCAAAUUCGAAAAUGCUGCAGAAAAUAAGAAUAUGCAAUACAAUCAAAUUAAAGAUCAAGAAAUAUGCAAGGAAAAUAGACAGGUUAAAAAUCAGAAGGAUCAUCAGGAGAAUAAACGAGAAUUACGAUCUACCAAUAAACAACGAUAUUCCACGGUGAAGUUUGAUCAUUGCUAUGAUGGAACAACCUGCACGACGGAACUUAAUUCAUUAGUAUGUGGCUAUUGUAACGAAAAAUUUAUUUCGGUUAAGUCAUACGAUAAUCAUCAAUGUACUGUUAAAGUAGGAAAACCAUUCAAUGAAUUUUCGCUACAAUUGCCGUGUUUCUAUUGUAAAGCAGUAAUAAGCAGUUUUAACAAAUAUGAUGACCACAUAAGAUAUGAACAUUUUGAUAACGCGUAUCAUUGUUACCAAUGUCCCCAAAAAUUUGUGAGUGAUAAAGCUCGAUUGAACCAUUAUCAUUUGGAACACGAGUUGCUUUGUAGAUUUUGUGAUAAAAGAAUUACUAUGUCUGUAAAGACAUUACAUGAAAGUUACCAUUUAGGUUUUGGUUAUCCUUGUCAUAAAUGUAAAAAGGCUUAUUCAAAUAAUAAGAAUCUUUGUUAUCAUAGAUAUACGAUACAUUCGAAAGGGGCUGACAACAUGAUAAAUUGUUCUAUAUGCUUGAAACCAGUGAAACUUAAAACUUUCCGUGGUCAUAUGUCUACGCAUAAACAUAACGGAUGUCAUUUUUGUGGUAAAGUGUUUUCUAAUAGGAUAGGUCUAGAAUAUCAUACUAUGAUACAUCAUGGCACAAAUUCUAAGUUUAAAUGUAAUAAUUGUAGUAUCUGUUUUCUUUCUGAGAAACAGCUUCAGAAACACAAAAUAGGCAGAUGCAGCAAUGGCAUACAAAAAAUGAAAAAGAAACCUUAUAGCAGAAUAGACUAAAGAUUAUUAAAUAUAUUUUUUGCUUAAAAAGAAAUGAGAAUGAAGGACAUAUGUGUAUGACAUAAAUAUAAGAAUUAAGACACAAUUUUUUACAUGUCAUCGAGAUUAUAUAUAAUU